AUGGCGGCCUGUGGUAAGAAGCUCAUUAACGAUCCCAAAGAUGUGGUCACGCAAUUUAUCGAGGGCUUAGUGGAGACGUACCCUGGGUUGCAGUACCUGGAUGGGUUCCCCGAGGUCAAGGUGGUCCUCCGCUCCGAUGUCGAGGUCGGGACCUAUGAUAAGGUUGCAGUCAUAUGCGGAGGUGGAAGUGGUCACGAACCAGCUCAUGGUGGGUUUGUGGGUCAAGGAAUGCUGACUGCUGCUGUUUCUGGAGAUGUUUUCACUUCUCCACCUGUUAACUCUAUUUUGGCUGCUAUUCGAGCCGUAACAGGUCCUAAGGGCUGUCUUCUAGUAGUAACGAAUUACACAGGCGACCGGCUUAAUUUUGGCCUAGCAGCUGAGGAAGCAAAAUCUGAAGGCUACAAAGUGGAGAUGGUUAUCGUUGGGGAUGAUUGUGCUCUGCCACCAACUCAAGGCAUAGCUGGCAGGAGAGGCCUUGCAGGGACAAUUCUUGUGAAUAAGGUUGCUGGAGCUGCUGCUGCUGCUGGUUUGCCCCUUGAAGAGGUAGCUGAACAAGCAAGGCAUGCAUCUAAGUUGGUUGGUACAAUGGGAGUUGCUCUGUCAGUGUGUACACUGCCUGGUCAGGGGACCUCAGAUCGUUUAGGUCCACAUCAAAUGGAGCUUGGCCUUGGAAUUCACGGAGAGCCUGGUGCUGCUGUCAUUGAACUUCAGCCUGUUGACGCAGUGGUGACUCAUGUUCUUAAGCAGAUCUUGUCACCGGAAACUCAGUAUGUUCCUAUUACAAGAGGCGACAGGGUCAUUCUCCUUACUAAUGGAUUAGGUGCUACUCCUAUCAUGGAGUUGAUGAUUGCCACUAGAAAGACUGUGCGUGAGUUGCAACUGGAGCAUGAUAUUGCUACUGACAGAGUCUACACUGGAUCUUUUAUGACUUCACUUGACAUGCAAGGGUUCUCAAUAUCCCUCAUGAAGUCAGACACAACAAUUUUGAAGUGCCUAGAUGCGUCUACUAAAGCUCCUUGUUGGCCAGCUGGAACCGAUGGAGAUUGGCAAAAACCUGCAAAAAUUGCUGUUCCUGCACCACCAUCAUGUGCAAUGAAGAGUGAUAAGAUGCUUCAACGAAGUCGAGAGCUGACGAAACAGGGCUGCAUUUUAGAGGCUUCCAUUGAAGCAGGUGCUAAAGAAAUAAUCAGGAUAAAGGAUAGCUUAAAUGAAUGGGACAGUAAAGUAGGUGAUGGUGACUGUGGGACAACAAUGUAUAGGGGGGCAAUUGCUAUACUUGAGGACAUGAAAAAAUGCUACCCAAUGAAUGAUGUGUCUGAAACAGUAAAUGAGAUUGGUGCCACAGUAAGACGAGUCAUGGGAGGAACAACUGGGAUCUUGUACGACAUACUCUGUAAGGCUGCCUAUGCAAGUUUAAAGGGGACAAAAACAGUAGAAGCAAAGCACUGGGCUCAUGCUUUACAAUCAUCUAUCGGUGCCAUAAGCAAAUAUGGUGGUGCUCUUGAAGGCUAUCGAACCAUGCUUGAUGCUCUGAUUCCUGCUUCAAAAGUUCUGAGAGAGAGGCUUGAAGCUGGGGAUGAUCCACUUGAUGCAUUCAUCGUAUCAUCUGAAGCUGCUUUGACUGGUGCUGAAUCCACAAGACACAUGCAGGCCCAGGCUGGUAGAUCAUCCUACAUUGCUGCUGACAAGCUGGCAUCGGCUCCUGAUCCUGGGGCCAUGGCUGCUGCUGCUUGGUACAGGGCUGCAGCCCUUUCGUUGAAGAACACGUCGUGCCAUUCGUAA